CGAGCCGCGGCGGGAGCAGACGACCAGGGCGGCGGCGGCGGGUUCGGGUGACGUCGGAACCCGCCGCUUCCUGCUCUGUCUCUACCUAGUGGGCUUCUUGGAUUUGUUUGGUGUCAGCAUGGUUGUUCCUUUAUUGAACCUUCACGUCAAGUCACUUGGAGCAAGUCCCAUAGUUGCUGGAAUUGUAGGCUCUUCUUAUGGCAUUUUGCAACUGUUUUCUAGUACAUUUGUGGGUUGCUGGAGCGAUGUGGUUGGAAGACAGUCCUCCUUGCUGUUGUGUAUUCUGCUCAGUUCUCUGGGCUAUCUGCUCCUUGGAGCAUCCACCAAUAUAUUCCUGUUUGCCCUGGCUAGAGUCCCUGUGGGUAUUUUUAAACACACCCUCUCCAUCUCCAGAGCCCUGCUUUCUGACCUAGUUGAAGAGAAACAGCGGCCACUUGUACUGGGGCAUUUCAAUACCGCCUCUGGCAUAGGCUUCAUCUUGGGCCCUGUGGUUGGCGGGUAUCUUACUGAACUGGAUGGUGGAUUCUACCUGACAGCCUUCGUAUGCUGCUCUGUCUUUCUUCUCAAUGCUGGGCUUGUUUGGCUGUUUCCUUGGAGUGAAACAAAACUCCACAACACAGAGAAUGGCUGGAGAUUGGGUAAGAAGCAUACACUGUUGGGAAAGUCACACUGCGCUCUGCCAGGAGCAUCCGCCACCCCUGAGGCCAAGAAGAGGAAGGAGACAUUGCAGAAGCCCUGGGUUGAAGUUGUCUCAGCCUUGCAGGACAUGAAGAGCCUGAUAUUUUCUGAAAUGUGGGACAUAUUUCUUGUGCGCUUACUGAUGGCCAUAGCUGUCAUGCUAUACUACAGUAACUUUGUCUUGGCCCUGGAGGAGCGCUUUGGAGUGAGGCCCAGGACCACGGGGUACCUCAUCAGUUACAGCAGUGCCCUGGGUGCCCUGGCUGGCUUCACCAUGGGGCCUAUCUUGCGGCUAUACAAACAUGACUCCCACAUGGUCCUGCUUCACUCCAGCGUGCUCACCUGCACUCUGCUCUUGCUAUACUCCAUGGCUCACAACAUGGCCAUGGUGGUCUUCUCCUCCACGCUCCUAUCCUUCUCUACCACAGUUGGCAGGACCUGCAUCACUGACCUCCAGCUGAGCAUGGGCGGGCCCCAGGCCAGUGGCACUGUCAUUGGAGUGGGGCAGUCUGUAACUGCCGUUGGCCGCAUCAUCGCCCCUCUUCUCUCAGGAGUGGCCCAGGCGGUCAGCCCCUGUGGUCCCCCAAGCCUGGGUGCUGCCUUAGCCCUGGUAGCUAUUUUCAUGAUGUCACUAAACAAGCCUCAUUCCAGCAGGGACAGGAGUGGUAAUCUAAAGAAUGAAUAAGAUGGACUGGGACCUCGUGAAGGUGCAACAUUGGAGAAGUGCAAUUCAGAUAAAGCCUGUGGUAAGAAAGGCUGGAUGAUAUAAGGGAACUUAGGUCUAGGUAGCUGUGCUUCGCCCUCAGCUAAACAGGUGUGCCUACAAAGCAGUCCGAAUCAGAGCAGAACUUAGGAAAGUUCAGAUUGGAGUGCAGCUCUGUUCAAAGCUUAUCUGAAAGCCUCCUUUUCUUGUCUGGCUAAUUAAGUUAAUUAUCACUUCCUCAGGGUGAGGGAGCAGUUGCCAACUCAAGAUGGACAUCCUGGUGGAAUGACAGAACAUGGGAUGUGGAAGGAGAGGAGAAACAACAAGCAUUUCCCUACUGAGAAAUAGGCUAUGUGUUAACUACAGUUUGGUCGUGGAUCUGGAACUGAAGCUGAGAAGGGGCUUUUCCGCUGUGGGAAUCCUGGAGCUCCAGAAGCUGCUUCAUUGAAACAGUCUGUCGCUGCUCUGCAGCUGGCUAAGCAUCAGCUGCUGCGUUUACCCUGGGCUGAUUCAGACUCAGUGAGAGAAAACAUACAGGCACUGGAGGAUUGCAGUGAGACUAUGAGUUUUGAUUAAGAUAAAAACCAGGGACCUGGCUGUUUGUACUAAGUGCUAAGUAAAUUUGACUGUUAAAGUCAUGCUUGUUACUACAGUGUGGCACCCUCUCCACAGUGCUCAGGACAGACUCUAGAACAGGCUCUUGGGCUGCUGCCUGUCUUUGGGACUGACUGCUAGAGUUUGGCAGGAGAAGUAGCCACAGCUGGAAGCUGGCAUCGCACCGAUCAUGUUCCUGCUGUUAGAUCCUGUUGCCAAAGUCAAAGCACAGAACUUCAUUUAUGAUUAAAAAAUAUGCAAACGAAGGGCUGGGAGCAUGCCAUAUCACUACAUAUAUAUGUGUGUGUGUGUAUAUAUAUAUGCAGAGAAAGGGCCUGGGGCAUGCUGUAUAAAGAGGAACUUGUCCCAAUAGGAUAUUUUAAAAAUUAUUUUGUUUUACUUCAUUUUAAUUUGGUGCCUGAGAAGAACCCAAGUAACUUGUAGGGUGAUAUUUUUGUGGUCCCUUUCCUAAGCCUUUAAACCAGCCUCUCCAUCAGCUCCCAAGGGACCAGAGUGAGGGCUAUACACACUCACAGGAGGUCUGGGCCAAUUACACUGACCAUUGGGACCACAUUGAUUACUCAUAUACAUUACUGGGGUCCCUCUUCCUCACAAACUGCCAAUGUUCACAUUCCUUUUUUUUUUUUUUUUUGCCUAAGUCUACUAGACUAUUAUGCCUGGUCUCUUCCUAGCUUACACAGAAUUGUAAAAGAUACUUUAAUACAUUAACAUGCCAUAACUAAUAUUUAUUAUUCAUGAAUCAGAAACUUGCUAUAGUUUUAGAAGUUGUAUAGGGGAUAAAGCCAAAUAUUUAUGACAAUUGAAAGUAUGUUUUGGUUCAAAGAUCAAACAUUUUCAUCUCUUGGCUAUAAGAAAAAUAAUUCUCUUUUUUAUUAGCUGUUAUAAUUGUGAACUUUUGCCCAAGAAGUAAAACCUUUUGAACAGACCAAACAUUACAUGAAGCAGCCUUGCCUUGAACAGCACUGUUAAGUGUCUGGAGAUUAGGUCCAGAAGGGCCGUGAAUCAUCAAGGGUUGAUACAAUGAAGUAAAAUUUCAGACAUGUUUCUCCAAAGACUGUCUUUUCCUAACUCUCAAAAAUAGUUGAUUUUUCUUCAAUGCUCUUACAAAUGCCAUGUUUGCAUUUUUAAAAUCAUAGCACUUUAUUUUUGUAGUUAAAUUAACCUAAAAUUAAAUUAAAUGCAUCAAAAAUAUUGAAAACCAAAAUUGAUCAGUAUAUAGAGUAUUUUUUAAUUUAUUUUGUACUACUGAUUUUAGUAGUUUUUGUUGCUGUGAAGGGUAAACUGAGUGUCUUGUUCAAAGUAUGUCACAGGGAACUGAGCCUUCAGCAUCACAUGGGGUCUUGUUAGAACUGCAUAUACUUCAGCCAAGGAACAGACCUGCUAGGGACCAUUUUAAGGAACUUUCUAGCUUAUCCAUUAGCUUUGAGAGUCAUUGGUUUAAUGGAUGGUUUGUGGAUUGUGGAAUAUAAUCUCAGGGAAUUAAAUCUGCUCCAUUAACAUUUA